UGCUUGGCUCAGUCUCAGCAUACGGCAGUCGUAUUCGAUCUAGGGUUCUUGAUUUCAUUUUCAGUACAAUCUUGGGUCAUCAAAUCCAGCGGUUGUGGUUUUCUCAUCGCCAUUUUUUUUCUUUUAUCACCAUGCCUCCUCGCGCAUCAUCAAAGAGAAAAACGGCCCCACCCAACUCCACAUCAACCGACGGUCGUUCUUCUGCCUCAAGUAAAGCUAAAACAAAGGCAAGAGAUCAGAUAGAUCAACUGUUCGAUGCAUAUGCAAAUAGUUCAUUACAAAUGAUUGAUCCAGAGGGAAUUGAGGCACUCUGUUCAGAUCUGGGAGUGGACCACACUAAUGUCAGGAUAUUGAUGUUUGCAUGGAAAUUAAAAGCGGAAAAGCAGGGCUAUUUCACCCAGGAUGAGUGGCGAACAGGCCUGAAAGCUUUGGGGGCAAAUACUCUUAGCAAGCUGAAAAAAGCACUUCCAGAUCUGGAGAAAGAGGUGAGGACACCACCAAAUUUUGAGGAUUUCUAUUCUUAUGCAUUUCGGUACUGUCUAACAGAGGAUAAACAAAAAAAUGUUGACAUUGAGAGUGUUUGUGAGUUGUUGAAUCUUGUUCUGGGGUCUCCAUUUCGUCCCCAAGUCGAUCUGCUGAUUGAGUAUCUAAAGUUCCAGAGUGAUUACAAAGUGAUAAACCUAGAUCAAUGGUUGAAUUUUCUUCGUUUUUGCAAUGAGGUAAUUGUUAUAUUUUCUGCUUUCACUGAUUUUCAUUGUCACCAACCUAUGUUGGCUUUGGCUUACCUACCCAAAAGGGUUUCUUAACUGAUAAAGCAUUUUUAGGAGCCAUAUAUGAUACAUUCACAUUCUAUAUAGAGGGCAGUGGAGACCAAUAAUAAAAAAUAAGUCAACUGAAAAUUUGUUGAAACUCUUGCUUGCAGAUCAGCUUUCCGGAUCUUAAAAAUUAUGAUUCAACUGAAGCUUGGCCCUUGAUCCUUGAUAAUUUUGUUGAAUGGAUGAAGAAAAAGCAUAGCUAGCAUCAAUAUAUUUCGUGCACUCUGCUUGUUUCAGAGAAAUUUAUUGGUUACACAUGCUUUUGAAGACACCACCACAAUGAGGUUGGUUUACAAAGACUUCUGUCUAGUUUUCUUUAGGCCACCAAACUUGGCCACUGCUUUGGUGUAAACCUUUUCAUAUAGAACACAUUCAAUUUUCUUCCGGAGAAAUUAUACAGCUUGAGUUUGUUUUGGACUUGGCACCUUUUUCUCCUUCUGAAUGUUAUUUCCAUUACAACUUUGCAAAACAAUAAAUUCAUAAUAUUAGA